AGCUUACACUUUGAGGUUUUAGAUGAGUUGGUUAAUUAACAGAUGAAAUUACUCUGAAACUCUUUUGCAUCAAUAGAAUUCACACACUCAAAAGUCAAGAUUCUUCACAAAAACAAGAUACAUAAUUUUUCAAGAUACUGUUCUUAUGGGGGCACCUUCGAGUGAUACUCAGACCGUCAGCAAUGACACUGUUGUCAAUAUCAUGGGUAGUGAUCUUGUCUUAAACAGCAUGCAGCCGGACUUGAGCUAUGAUCCUCACUUUGUGACCGACUGUCCCCCUGCUCACCGCUCAUCAUGGUCUGAAAUUCCUAGAAGUCCAAAUCUUUAUGGUCAGAGUUCACCUGCCAAAUUUUCCUUUAGUGGUGAGAACAUGAGGCAUCGACGCAGACAGAGUGGCUCUGGUUUCAGCUCCAACAAGUCAUUGCCGCGACACUCACAACUCAUGCGUAUGAAGAGUAAAUCCAGGCUAAUUGAUCCCCCGGAGCAAUAUGACAAUUCUGAGAGAAUCAUGAAGUCUGAAUGUAUGGAGGCAAGAAGUGAGUGUCAGUAUGAUGAUCCAUAUGCAAAGGAAGAUUUGCCAGAGGAGUUUAAAAUGAUAAAGUUUAGCAAGUGGGCUGUCAUUCAGUUUUUUUGCAUGAUUGUCAUUAUUCCUGCUUUGGUUUGUAGCAUUUUUGUUAAUUCUUCUCACAAGAACAUACUGUGUGGACUUGAAUUGUGGAGAUGGGGUAUUCUGCUUUUGGCUUUGUUGUGUGGGAGAUUGGUUGCGGGUUGGGGGCUUCGGGUGGUUGUGUUUUUGGUUGAGCUUAACUGUAUGUUGAGGAAGCGUGUUCUUUAUUUUGUUUAUGGCCUAAGGCGUGCUGUCAAUAAUUGUCUUUGGUUGGCUUUGAUUUUGAUUGCAUGGAGAAUCGUUUUGUUUGAUAGAGUUGAGCAUUUGGCUCAUGGUAAGGUCUUGAGUUAUGUGACUAAAGCUUGGGUUUGUUUAUUGGUGGGGACUUUGAUAUGGUUUGUGAAGACACUGCUUGUUAAGGUUCUUGCUUCUUCGUUUCAUGUUAGCACUUUUUUUGAUCGAAUCCAGUGUGCUUUGUUUGAUCAAUAUGUGAUUGAGACUCUCUCAGGGCCACCCUUAAUUGGGAACCAUCUAGAGCCAGUAGAGGAGGAGCAAAGCACAGCCGAGGUUCCCCAAUUGCAGGAUGCUGCAGGGAAUACUGUAUCUCCAAGAACAACUGCUUCCCCAAGGAGUGGGAAACUGAAAACGAUUACUAAAAGACGAAAAAUCUUUCCCUCUUUUAAAAGCUCUAGAUUUUCAACAGUCGCGGCUAAGGAGGAAAAAGAGGGGAUUACUAUAGGUCACUUGCACAGGUUAAAUGGAAAGAAUAUAUCAGCUUGGAACAUGAAGAGGCUGAUGAAUAUUGUCCGGAAAGGAAAUCUGUCAAUAGAUGAACAAAUAUGUGAGGAUGAGACUGCAGUACAGAUCAAGAGUGAGACUCAAGCUAAAAAUGCAGCUAAGAAGAUUUUUUGCAAUGUGGCAAAGCAAGGCUCAAAACACAUAUACCAGGACGAUUUGAUGCAAUUUAUGAGAGACGACGAAGCAUUGACAACAAUAAGUCACUUUGAAGGGGCAAGUGGAUGGAAAGGAAUUAGCAGGAAAGAACUAAAGAAUUGGAUGGUAAAUACAUUUAAGGAGCGAAGAGCCUUGGUAUUGUCCUUGAAUGAUACAAAAAAAGCUGUAAACAAACUUCACCAAAUGUUGAACAUCUUUGUAGGCCUAAUUAUACUGAUUAUCUGGUCUCUUAUACUAAAAGUUGCCAGCACUCAGUUCUUCGUCCUUCUGAGCUCCCAGUUUCUUUUAGUUGUUUUUGUGUUUGGAAACACAUGCAAGACGAUGUUUGAAGGGAUCAUCUUUUUAUUUGUGAUGCACCCAUUUGAUAUUGGUGAUCGAUGUGAAGUUGACGAUGUUCAGUUGGUUGUUGAAGAGAUGAAUAUAUUAACUACAACAUUUCUGAGGUAUGAUAACCAAAAGAUCUGCUACCCGAACAGCGUGUUAUCAAACAAGCCCAUCAGUAAUUACUAUCGUAGUCCAGAUAUGGGAGAUGCCAUUGAUUUCUGUAUUAACAUUUCAACUCCUGUAGAAAAGAUUGCUUUGAUGAAAGAGAAGAUUACAAGCUACAUUGAAAAGAAUAGUGAUCACUGGUAUCCAGCUCCAAUGAUCGUUCUGCGGGACAUUGAGGACAUGAACAGGCUAAAGAUAUCGUUAUGGCUUUCACACCGGAUUAACUUUCAGGACAUGGGUGAAAGGUGGGUGAGGAGAGCGCUUAUUGUUGAAGAGAUGAUCAAAACAUUUAAAGAGCUUGACAUUGAGUAUCGUAUGCCAGUGGUGGACAUGAAUGUGCGGAGCAUGCCAGCUAUAGUCUCCAAUAGACUUCCCUCAAUUUGGACAUCUCAUACCAACUGAAAUAUUUACAUGAAGACAAACAGCCUGGUGAACAUCUGGCAUAUAGUAGCCUGUCCUAAACCAAACCAUCAGCAGAGAUACAUACUUCAUUUUUAUGCGUAGUUAAAAAAGUAAGUCAAUGUAAAAUUUAUGAAGAUUGCAGUUUGGUCCGGUUCUAAAUGAACGUAAUCAUGCUACUCAUCAACAUUGUAAUGAUUUUAUUUGUGAGCAAAUGCGGGUCUCAACACUAA